UUUUUUUCAGACGGGUAUAUCCUAGAUUCUUCAAAACUUAUUAAUAAUGCCUGGAGCCGCAAGGAAUUGCUCAAAAACGUACAAGGUUCCUCGUCGUCCUUUCGAAAAAGAACGAAUUGAUCAAGAACUUCGACUAAUCGGUGAAUAUGGUCUUCGGAACAAACGUGAAAUUUGGCGUGUAGCAUACACACUUUCAAACAUUCGUCGUGCUGCUCGUGAAUUAUUAACAUUAGAUGAUAAGGACCCUCGUCGUUUAUUUGAAGGAAAUGCCUUGAUUAGAAGACUAGUCAGGAUUGGAGUAUUGGAUGAAACUAAGAUGAAACUUGAUUAUGUUUUGGCUUUGAAAAUAGAAGAUUUUUUGGAAAGAAGAUUACAAACUCAAGUUUUUAAAUUGGGUUUAGCUAAAUCAAUUCAUCAUGCUCGUGUUCUAAUCAGACAACGCCAUAUUCGUGUUGGUAAGCAAAUAGUCAAUAUUCCAAGUUUUAUUGUUCGCCUCGACUCUCAGAAACAUAUCGAUUUUGCCCUCACUUCGCCUUAUGGUGGUGGACGUCCUGGUCGUGUAAAGAGGAAACGUCAACGCUCCGCUAUUAAGGGUAAAGAGGAAGAGGAAGACGAAUAAACGCAAACUUUGUAAUUGAUUGACUUUUGGAGGCAAUUGGUUAUAUAAAGUUUAUAAAAUAUGUAACUUAAAUAAUAAUAUAUCGUUUUGCAAAAAAAAUUUUUAAUUUCUAUAAUCUAAAGUCUCACAGCCAAUUGAUAUAAAAUAAAAUUACAAAGACUAAGUUUCCAUCG